AUGCUCCAACCAGUAUCACGGCGCGUCUCAACAGCACGCCCACAGAGACCGUACUCGACAGCUGCACAAUCACCACGUCCACGCCAACCGCCCAAGUCGCAAGGCCUGAAUCAACCAAAAGCCAUCUUCUGGGGUUGGGCAGUGCUGGUCGUGAUAGCCGGCUUCAGCUACUUUACCGUCAAAUCGAAUAACACAGCCAAGAAGCGCGAGUUCAUGAUCAAGCAGGGUCAGGAGCUGCAACGGCAGAAAAACGAAGCAGGAGAAGAUGGUCAGGCUGUGGCAUCAUCUACGCCCCUUCUCAUGUCCACGACCAACCAAGAAAAAUAUGCACAGUCGCCGCUGCAGAGCUUGGCGGCCGCACUGAGCAGGCAGACGACGCAGCGCACACGCAACCCUGAGGCGUCCAGGUCGAGCACCAGGGCAAACGAGUGA